CCUCCUCUGCGCGUUCUGGGUCUCGCCUCGGACAAACUGCGGCGGAGCGCUGGAUCACCAAAAAUUCGCCGAAUCGGUUUAGAGGUACCGGGCUUGGGGCCGGAGUGGUUCGGUUGUUUUUUUGUUUUGUUUUUUCUUGUGAUCGGGGGUUGUAUUUUUUCGGUUUUUAGUUUUUUUGCAGUUUCACCAUGGGGACUCUGAAAGGUCUCCUUGCGCUGCUGUGCGUUUUCUUGGCUGGAGCGCAAACGCAAAACCGAAGGUUUGCGGAUUGUCCGGUUGACCUUUUCUUCGUGCUGGAUACAUCUGAGAGUGUCGCCCUCAGACAGACACCUCCCGAACGUUAUAUUGACCAGAUCAAAUCAUUCACCACUCGCUUCAUAGAUGAACUCAAGGAAAUGCGCCACCGAUGUGACCGCACCCUGACGUGGAACUCAGGAGCACUGCACUACAGUGACGAAGUCAUCCUCGUACGAGAGCUCAGUGAAAUGGCGACUGACCGCCAGGCCCUGAAGAAUGCCGUCAAUGCCAUCGACUACAUCGGCAAGGGCACAUAUACUGACUGUGCCAUCAAGAGGGGCCUUGCUGAGCUGCUCAUUGAGGGCUCCCACUACCAUGAGAACAAGUACAUCGUGGUGGUGACUGAUGGCCAUCCUGCUACUGGUUACAAGGAGCCAUGUGGAGGCGUGCAGGAGGCUGCUAAUGAAGCCAAACAGCACGGAGUCAAAGUGUUCGCUGUCGCUAUCUCACCUGACCAGGAGGACACCAGGCUGUCAGUCAUCGCAACAGACCGGAACUACAGACAGAACUUCACUGCUGCAGACAACUCCAGAACCCAAAGGACAGGAACCAUUCGAACCAUCAUUGAUAUGAUCACAAACGAGACAAAGGAUACGUGUUGCUCUUUCGACUGCAAUGCUCCAGGAGGGCCUAAAGGACCAGAUGGAGACAUUGGAGCUAAGGGAGAAACAGGUAGACCAGGGAUGCCAGGAGAGAAAGGAGACGUUGGUGACAUGGGCAGCAUUGGAGAUCCUGGCCCUCCUGGGUACACUGGAAUGAAGGGUGACCGUGGCGGCAGAGGAGAAAAGGGUGAGAGAGGACACAAAGGCUACAAGGGAGACAAAGGUCAAAGGGGAAGGGAUGGAACCGAUGGACGAAAGGGUGAAGCUGGUUUCCCUGGUCUUGCCGGCUGUAAAGGGUCUCCCGGGUCAGACGGCAUGCAGGGAGAGUCCGGACCAAAGGGAGAUCCUGGUCCUUAUGGAUUGAAAGGAGCAAAAGGAGAUCCUGGAAGAGACGGCGAACCAGGGAGGCCUGGAAACUACGGCCCACAGGGAAAUCAGGGUGAACGAGGCCCUCCCGGAAACAACGGCGACAAAGGAGAGCGUGGUGACGAUGGCCCGCCGGGAUCGGACGGCACUCGCGGCGAGAGAGGACAAGUUGGAGAGAAGGGGGAGCAAGGUUCCCGUGGAAACAGAGGCCCAAGAGGAGAACCAGGGGAGCCAGGGCCCCGUGGAGAACAGGGGAGGGAAGGCUCGGCUGGCUCCAACGGAGACCCUGGCGAGCCUGGCAGGCCCGGGCCUCUUGGCUACAGAGGAGAUGAAGGUGCACCUGGACCAGAAGGACCCAAAGGACCGAGAGGGAUAAAAGGAGCUCCAGGAGACAGAGGCCAGAUGGGGGAGAGGGGAGUAGAUGGUGUCCAAGGGAACGGCACUUUGGGUUGUCAUGGUUUCCAGGGUUAUCCCGGGCCCCGCGGAGACUCCGGUGAGCCGGGUGGCAAAGGAACCCCUGGACCCAAAGGAGAUGAUGGAGAUCCCGGCGAUCCAGGCCCCGAUAACGACGAACCAGGGCCUCCAGGACCUAAAGGAGCCAAAGGUCACAGGGGACCUGAGGGCAGACCGGGACCUCCUGGGCCUCCUGGACCACCAGGAACUGAUGAAUGUGAAAUUCUGGAUAUCAUCAUGAAGCUCUGCUCUUGUUGUGAGUGCAAGUGUGCACCUCUGGAUCUGGCCUUCAUCGUGGACAGCUCAGAGAGUAUUGGUUCCACAAACUUCGCUCUUGCCAAAGACUUUAUCAUCACAGUGAUUGACAGACUGGCCAAAGACCAGCAAGUCAAGUUCGCAGGUAAUGAGUCCAGGGUGAGUGUAGUCCAGUACAGUGGAUCACAAGCCCAAGAAGUUGUCCAAAUGGGAACCAACGUUGUCACCCUCACCGACUUUAAGCAGGCGGUGAAAGACUUGCGUUGGCUAGCUGAGGCCACGUACACAGGCGAGGCCCUUGAGUUUGCCCUGACCAACACAAUCCAGCUGAUGAAGCAAGAGAACCGCGUCGUUAUCGUGCUCACUGACGGACGUUCAGAUGUUAUCAGGGACACAGUUCCACUCAACGUCCUCUGUGGUAAAAACCUCCGGGUGGGAGGUUUAGGAGUGAAGGACUACUCGGGCCGUCAGCCCAACCAGGAGCAGCUUGAGGACGUGGUUUGCAAGAGUGACCCCAAACCAGGCUUUUCCUUUGUCCUGGAAAACUUUGCCGAGCUGCUAGAUGACACUUUCCUGCAGAACCUCACAUCCAAAAUCUGUCAAGAUAAGAGGUGCCCAGACUACAAAUGUCCCAUCUCUUUCUCUGACAGUUCCGAUAUUUUGAUGAUGAUGGACAGCUCGGCCAGCGUGGGACAGAAGAACUUUGAGACAAGCAAAGCCUUCGUCCGCAGCUUGGCUGAGCGUUUCCUGACUGCCGAGAGGAAGCGGGGUGUCACUGUCAAAGUGGGUCUGGCCCAGUACAGCCGAAACGCCCGCAUGGAGCAGGUGCCGACUACCAAUUUGACCCUGCUGUCGUAUCACACUGAGGAGGCGGCCUUCCAAAACGACGGCACCAACGUGUUGGAGGCCAUGGAAUUUGCCGUUAGGAGUUUACGUGGCCGCGGGGACACAUCGGGAGGCAGAAAGAAGCUGGUGCUGUUCUCUGAUGGCAGGUCUCAAGCCGUCACCGAGGCCGUGCUGGAGAAACGCGUUCGUGAGGUGGCGGAUGCCGGGGUGGAGCUGUUUGUCAUCGCCGUUGGCAGCCAAGUCAAUGAGGCCAACCUGCGCACGCUGGUGAGCAGGGGUCGUCAGGAUGACAUCACCUACGCCCAACGCCACCUAUUCCGCGUCCCAGACUACCCCUCUCUGCUCCGCGGGGUCUUCCACCAAACCGUCUCCCGCAGGGUGUCCUUGCCCUGAACGCAGGGCCCCAAAAAACAGGACCAACACGCUUUAGAUUUUUAGUCCCAUUAUGAAUAUUCAGUCUCACUCAUUUACCGUACACUGUGUUCAAGUACAUUCAAAGAAAAGAAAUGUCACAAAACGACAAAUGAUUGUGUGGCAGGCAAAUGGAAAUGUUUUCUUUAAAUUUACCUGGGGCUUUUUUCCCCUGAUUUGGAUCGCCGAGGCAGACCAUCUCAGGCUGUGUACAAUUUGGACUAUAACCCAAGUGAUGGUUCUAACCUAAACCAUUUUAGAGUUUUAGAGCCAGUUGUGAUAGUUCACAACUGGGAGGAAUAGAUGCCUGGUAGCCAAAACCCAGGGUAAAAAAGCCUCAGUGAAAGUGGUUGCUUCGGUCCUGGAGAGCCAUCAGUAAGGGCCUCAACUAAACUAGAUUUCUAGCUUUUAAAUGCAUUGGGCUGAUUUCUACUCAGGUAUUCUGCAUCCCUGCAUCACUUCAGCUAGUCUGGGCCCGUGCUCUGACACACUAACUAACUAGCAUGGGUUGAAAAUGGCUCAUCAAGGCUACGCCCUGCUGUCUCUCCAGGACCGGAGAAGGAUUUCUGUUUAGGGUUUAAUGUGGACUCAUUCUUGUUGCUCUUACCACUCUUUCAAGUGGUGUCAGAUUCGUGGAGUCACAAUUUUACAUAAGCAACAUAAGUGAAGCAACCGCAGCUGUGAAUUGAAAAACCACAAAUUCCUUUGCAAGUGCUUGCUGUACUUAAAUGAUUGUUAACCUGGAAAGCUGGCAUGCUUCGCCAGUUAACUGUAUUUUAGGUUUUGCCCCAUAUAAAGCAAAUUAUUGUGCAAUUGUAAAGCAAAUCUGUUGUGUGACUUGGUGACACCUCACACUCACCUCCAUCACAUUAAAGCUCUAUGAGAUCACCAAACCUACAAGCAAAGCGGGACAUGACAUCAGGCAGACACUCAAACAAACCGGCUUCUCACCUGGUACUAAUGAGAACGCGACAGCUGGACUCAACAUGUGUGAUUCCCUCUCACUGCGUGUGUCUGUAUUUGUGUGUGGGUGUGUGAGCACAUAUGUGUGUCCAUCUAUGGCAUGUAUAUGUGUGUGGAGGUGAUUUGUUUAUGUGUAACCUUGGGCGAUUGUUCCAUAAACAAUGGUGCUGGGGUCACUGGUUCAGAUGACAGAAACAUGUUCUUGAUUUUCUGGGCAGGAGAGACCCCGCUGUCAAACACACACACACUUACACACACACCUUUGUACUUCAUCAGUGAAUUAGGAAAACAUCUGUCAUGGUUGAAGGCUGGAAAAUGAAUCUAAUGGGACUCACGCCAUGAGCCCCUCACACAAACAGAAAGGAUACAAACACCUUUUAGACCCCCACAACUUUAAGUUCCACACCUUCAGUUUUGUUGUCAUCAAUGGCCCAGAGUCACUGUGCUGUUGUUAUUAUCUGUGGUGCUAUUAGUCUCAGUGUAUCGGCCUCUACCCAUGUUGUUAAAGAAGAUAUUUUUACCUGAGGACACAAAACCUCAGUAGUGUUGGAAGAGCUCCUUCAAUAAAGGUUGCUAC